AUGACGGGCGUCGACAAUACGUCUCGAGAUAUCAAAGGAAAAUCCUUCUUUUGCACAUACUGUGAAGGCAAGCACUUCUUGGCACAGAAUGCACAAGGUACUCCUUCCAAAAGUUCUCAGGAUUGGAUAAUCGAUAGUGGUGCCGCUGACCACAUAACAUCAUCACCUGAUCUCUUGCAUACAUCGGCAUCACAUCCUUCUUAUGUCGAGUUGCCAAAUGGAUCACGUGUUGAUAUCAUUUCUACUGGUUCCUUGAAAAUUAAUUAUAACCUUGUUAUUAAAGAUGUCCUUUAUGUUCCCUCCUUCAAUGUCAAUUUGCUUUCAGUGAGUAAGAUAACCCGUGACCUUCAUUGCACUGUUAUUUUCCACCCAGGAUUUUGUAUUCUACAGGACUUGACAAUGAAGAAGGUGAUUGGCUUGGGAAAUGAGCAUAAUGGCCUAUAUUAUCUUACCAAGCCCACGAAUAUCAAACCGCCACCUAUAGCGCAUACCACCUCUACCAAUUCUGAUUUGUGGCACCGUCGUCUUGGGCACCCAUCUACUGCCCCAUUACAAUUUCUGUCCAAAUCCGUAUAUGGUAUUCCCUUCAAUUUAAAUUCUCAUUGUGAAAUCUGUCCAAUGGCCAAAUAG